CUCAGGAAAACGGGGAGUCGAAUCGGAAGUCGUUACGUUUUGCGUAACAGUAGUUUGUUUACUCUCGGUUGAGGACAGUAUUUUUAUUGUUUAGUCUUUUGUGGUUUGAGUUCAGGAUCGGUCCGUGUGUUAAAAUACAGCUUGUAGAACAGAUAAGUAUUUAAACGUUUGAGCUGUAAGUACAGAUAAGCAUUUAAACGUUUGAGCUUCGUAAUCAGGAUUCACGGAUAGCUACACGACUAGCUUUAGCAUUUCUACUCGGAUACACAUAUACAUAUAUAUAAAUUAAUAAGCAGCUUGAAGGUUUAUAUAUUGGUGUAAGUUGUGUGAGGAUGGAGGAGACUGAGGUGUGUGUGAAGGCCGACAACGCCGUGGCUGUGAGGGAACCACAGGAGGAGCCGAGCAAGCCGAAGAAAAAGAUCUUGGACGAAGAUGAAUAUAUUGAGAGUCUGGAGCAGAUCGUUCAGAGGGACUUCUUCCCGGAUGUCAGUAAGCUGCGAGCACAGAUGGAUUACCUGGAGGCUGAGGAGAACGGAGACCUGCAGAGAAUGAGGGAGAUCGCCAUCAAAUACGGCUCAGCCAUGGCCAAAUACACCCCACGCACUUACGUCCCCUAUGUGACACCAUCAUCAUUUGAGACUCCUGAUGGUCACGCCACUUCUCCAUCCUCGUCACGCAGUAGAUCCAUUACAGGCAGAGACACAGUGCUUGGAGGUAAAGAUGGUGGGAAAGUGGAGAAGGAGCUGCCGUCUCUGGACCGUUUCUUGUCAAAGAACACGAGUGAGGAUAAUGCGUCAUUUGAGCAGAUCAUGGCUUUGGCCCAGGAUAAGGAGAAGCUGAAGAACUCCUGGCUGUACGAGGCUGAGAGCGAGUACAAAGAGCGGCGAGAGCAAAAUCUGGCUCUGCCAUCAUCCGAGACUCAGGCUCUGGAGUGUGUGAAGGCCGGAGUAGAGACGUGGGAGUACACGGCCAAAAACGCCCUCAUGUACUAUCCUGAAGGUGUGAAAGACGACACGAUGUUUAAGAAGCCGAGAGAGGUUUUGUACCAAAACACACGCUUUGACGUGGACCCGUUCUGUAAAGCUCUCAAUAAAUCACAGAUCCAACAGGCUGCUGCUCUCAAUGCACAGUUUAAAUUAGGAAAGGUGGGACCGGAUGGGAAAGAGCUGCUGCCACACGAGUCUCCUAAAGUCAACGGCUAUGGCUUUGAAGGAGCGCCGUCGCCUGCACCAGGAGUGUGUGAGUCUCCCUUGAUGACAUGGGGAGAGAUUGAAGACACGCCCUUCAGACUGGACGGCUCAGACACUCCGCUCAUAGAGAGGAGCCACGGCCCAGCGUUUAAGAUUCCCGAGCCAGGACGCAGAGAGAGGCUCGGGCUAAAAAUGGCCAACGAAUUGGCAGCCAAGAACCGAGCAAAGAAACAGGAAGCACUUCGUAAAGUCACAGAAAAUCUUGCCAGUUUGACCCCAAAAGGUAUGAGUCCCGCUGCUCUGUCUCCAGCUCUGCAGCGCCUUGUGAACCGUUCAUCCAGGAAGUACACCGAUAAAGCCCUACGUGCCAGCUAUACCCCGUCACCCUCUCACAGAGCAUCAGGCUCGAAAACUCCUCUCAGCCCCUCACACUCCUUACACACCCCCACACCAGGCAAAACCCGCACACCCGCCUCACAUGACCCCGCCUCCAUCACGGACAAUCUGCUGCAGCUUCCAAAGAGGAGAACAGCGUCCGACUUCUUCUGAGGACACCACUGAGGACACAAAGGACAUCAAACACACAAACUUUCUCCUGCUUUGCAUUUCUGGUCUUUAUUUGCAAAGAUUUAUAGCCUUUAAAACGUCCUGACUACUUCAUCAGUUAAAGGUGUAAUAAUCAUUACAUUUUUUUGUACAAUUUAUCAACCGUACAAGUUUUAUUUUUGAUGUUUUUAAAGUGGUGGUUAACUAGGGGUGUAAAUAUGAAUGGAUUUUUGGAAUGAGUUAGAACAAUAUUCAUGUAAGGUCUGCACUCUUUUAUGGAUGGUGUAAAUUCUCCCUGGCUCUUUUCAAACAUAAACAGAUUAUUUUGUUGACUGUA